UUUUGGUUGCAUGGAUUUGAAAACAACUAGAUCCCAGAUAGCGUGACACGGCGGUUCCCUGUGACUUCUUAAAGUGAAACGCACAACCUUGGGCGCUUGCAUAUACCCGCAUGCGUCACAUACUUGACGAAAUAUUUCAAGCAUUCUUGAUUUCUUUCUCAGCGGAAGCUACUAUGGUGACUUUUUAAGGGGGGGGUUAUGUUUUGUUAUAACCUUGCGUUGUCGUCUCCCUCUUUGUUUCAUAGACCUAUAAUAAGCAUCCUUGCGUAUAUCCUUCCUAUUUUGUGGGAGGGUGCAGAGAACUUAAAAUAUUCUGCUUUUCAAAACUUGUGUUGCAAAACCUACUAUCUACUCUGUCGUCGAAAACUGACGUAGUAGUAAUGUAUAUGAUCAUUUUGCCGUCCCGCCUUCUCUCUUCUUCUCCCCAGUGAAUCUUUUACGAAUCGCCCGGCAGCAUUAUAUCUGAUAUCUCGCACAUUUUUGGUUUCUUUAUUUCAAGAAACUUUCUUUCCUCUUCUUGGUCGCUAAUUUAGUAUCUUGGUCAAGCUGCAUGCACCAACGGGGAACAAUCGCAGUCGCUACACACUCGGGGCCAAACCAUCCACCAUCUGGAUUGGUCAAAUUUCCUCUGAGGGAUGUCAGUUCCCAGUUUAUUUCUCGCAUCUUUUUUGAGUUUUUCCCCCCACCUUACUUUGUGUUCCAUAACAGGUUGUCAUCAUGUACCGAAGCAAUACUCUCAAGGAAGGAGUCUUAAACAACCCCACACAUAUUACAAAUUGGCCCCCAUCACCUGUUAAGUUUUCAGCAGUGAAGUCAUUCAAUCAUCUUUUUUGCGGCAACAAUUUUGUGCUACCACUGCUUGUGUAUUAUGCAGUUCCACAACUCAAGAGGGAUCAUUCAUGCCAAACAGAAUGAAACAACGGCAAAAUUCAGCACAUCAUGUUGCAAUAAUAAGAGGCUCUGAUCGUAUCUCAGAUGAAAUAGCAGACCCUGGUGGAAGGGACAUUGUGUUGCAAGAAUCUCGAAAACUUAUCAAUCGAAACCCAUCGGAAAUUUACUUGAAUGAUGCCUAUCCAUGUAGUAUGUUGUCCAAGAAGCACAAAUUUCUACAUAUAUUAAUAAUAAUGCUGCAGUUAGCUUUAUCUUGGAUUUCCCAUGUUCGAAGGGAAAGAAGAACAGAGACCACACCGAAAGAACUGAAGGGAUAUUGUAAAAACGGUGUAAUUAUCCUUGAAUAUGCAACAGUAUCAAAAGAUGCCGGUACGAUUGCUUAUACGUAACAACAAACCAAAAAGCGUGAUCCCUCCUUAAUUCUAGAGAAUACAGUCGUAAGGAAAAGACGGGACUCGUCAUUUAAUUAAACUAUUGGUUUCAAGAGGACUGCUACUACCUUAAUACCCUGCCAGCUCCAAGAUUAGCAGUGAAGGGCAAGGAAAUUGCAGGUCCUUAAUUAUUUGUUAUUAUUAGUUAUCUUACUGUUUCAAUUAGAAAAAAAAACUAUCAGUAU